UAAAGAAUCACUGUUUCUUUUAACAAUGGCGUUUUGACCUCUCUCCUUCUCUCUCUUUUCCUUCUGAGUUUUCUCUCUCCUUCAACUUGUCUCAAUCCCUAAUCUUCUCUUUCGUUUCAAAGUUGCAAUCUUUUUUCUUCUUCUGCUCUGCCUCUUCGUCCUGAACUCAUCUCUCUCUUCGCUUCUCUGUUUUUACUUCCCCCUAAUAGACUACGAAAAAGAUAUCAUCUUGUAGGGUUUAUCGCCCUUAUUUUUAGGGACUUGGAUUCUACAGAAUUAGAGAUUCCCUUUUCGAUUACCCUCCGAGAUUCUCUCUAGCUAGAUUUUGAUUUCAAGAUUAGUUUAUACUUUGGGAAGAUCUGACUUCUCUGUUGUUGAUACUCUGAGUAGUUCCUGGUUUGUGCCACGCUAAAGGUUCAAACUUUACAGAAAUUAGGGUGAAUUCUAUCGGCAAUAAUGACUGUUGUGGAGGAAGUUAGUGAUGGGUCUGUGUGGAGUAGGGAAGAUGAUAUAGCCUUUGAGAGAGCUCUUGCUAGUUAUACAGAUGAAUCUGAGGAAAAAUGGGAGAAGAUUGCUGCUGAUGUUCCGGGGAAAAGUGUUGAGCAGAUUAAAGAACAUUACGAGGUUUUAGUUGAGGAUGUUAAUAGGAUUGAAUCAGGAUGUGUGCCACUUCCUGCGUAUGGUUCUCCUGAAAGAUCAAAUGGAUAUGAUGGUGAUGGUGAUGGAGGAAGUAAUACUAAGAAAGGAGGAAACAGUCAUGCUGCAGGUGAGGCUAAUCAGGGGAGUAAAGCAAAGGCGGAUCAAGAACGGAGGAAGGGUAUUGCCUGGACUGAGGAUGAGCACAGGUUAUUUCUUCUUGGUUUGGAUAAGUACGGGAAAGGUGAUUGGCGUAGCAUUUCUCGUAACUUUGUGGUAACAAGAACACCGACUCAAGUCGCUAGCCAUGCUCAAAAGUAUUUCAUCCGUCUAAACUCAAUGAACAAAGAGAGGAGACGAACAAGCAUACACGACAUCACUAGUGUUGGUGACGCAGAUGUCUCAACGCCACAAGGACCGAUCACUGGUCAGAACAACAACAAUAACAACACUGGUUCUCCUACUGUUGCUGGAGGAGGAAACAAAUCAGCCAAGCAAGCCGCCUCACAACCACCACCGGGACCUCCUAUGUACGGAACACCCAGCAUAGGUCAACCAGUAGGUGGACCAUUGGUCUCAGCAGUUGGAACACCUGUGAACCUCUCAGCUCCACCUCACAUGGCUUUUGCUGCUCCAGUCCCUGGCUCAGUGGCUCCUCGUGCACCGGGUCAGAUGACGUACACCAUGCCGCGGACACCAACAGCUCAUAGGUAACGUCGAGAAUAUACCUGUGUGAUGGGUAGUGCUCUCUAAGUUUUAGGUGUAAGAAAAAUGUGUAAAGGACUUGGUGAAUAUUCAAGCUUGUUCCUUGAGUGAAUUUUUCUGUUACUUAGUUUGUGGGGAUUUUUCUUAAUAAGAUCAUGUGGUUAGAUUCAGACUCGAGAAGCAAAAAGUUAACUUUCUUUUUUGUACUUUAACACAAUAAAGCCUAUGUGCCGAGAUUUGAAACAAGAUGCAAAGCUACAUAUUUUUAUAUGGUUUAACAACCGCGAAACUUCGUUGUGUUAUUGUGUAAUGUUUCGGUUUGGUUCAACCGGAGACCGUUGUGUUAAUAUAAGUGAAC